GCGUCACGCUGUCUCCCCUUUUCCUCCCUCUCUCUCUCCUCCCCACCGGCGACCGCGUCUUUCUCUCCCUUCUCUUCCCCGUCCUAUAUCUCACCGCCGAUUACCACAUCCGUCUCUCCCAUCUCUUCCUCGUUUUAUAGCCUCGCCAUUCACCAAAUCAGGAUAUAAGAGAGAGAGCCUUCGUCUUCCAUGAAUGUCAUUUCCGUUCGGAUUCUCGUGCUUGCGGCUUGCUUGCGGCUGGGCGGCAGCAGUAACCAGAACCAGGGUUUUUGAGGGUUUAAAAUCUCUCACUUUUUCUUUAAUCUAAAGUCUGAAUUUUAAAAAAUUCAAGUUCCAAUCGGCUGACGGGAAGGACAACCUCAAUGCAUUAGGUUCCAAGAAAUAUCAACAUAAGAGACUCCUUACCAAUAUGCAUCCGGCUGAUGCUUCUCAAGAUGCACAUGAUGAAGAUGAUGAUGAUGAUGAAUAUGAAGAAGGCAAUGGAGGGAACCGACUCCUGGGGUUUAUGUUUGGAAAUGUUGAUGGUUCCGGUGAUCUUGAUGUGGACUACCUUGAUGAAGAUGCAAAGGAGCACCUUUCAGCAUUGGCUGACAAACUGGGGCCAUCACUUACUGAGAUUGAUCUGUCAGUCAGAACAAGGUCACCCUCUGCAGCUUCUGAUCAAGACUAUGACCAGAAGGCAGAGGAUGCAGUUGAUUACGAAGACAUUGAAGAGCAGUAUGAAGGGCCAGAGGUGCAGGCUCCAUCAGAAGAAGACUUUUUGCUUCCAAAGAAAGAAUACUUUUCUGCUGCGGUUUCAUUAGCUUCAUUACACCAAAAAGCUUCUGUAUUUGACGAAGAAAAUUACGAUGAUGAAGAGGAUGAUGACAGAGAUGUUGCAGUGGUUGAAAAUGGUCCAGCUGAUCAACCUGAUCUUCCCGCAGGUGAUUAUGCUGUAACUCAAGAGGAACAAGAAAAGUCUUCUGAUGUUGAUCCAACAUAUGUGGAAUCUCUUGAAACUACAAAUGGUGACAGAGAUGUGGAAGAAUCCCAAGAGGCUGAACAAGAGGUCCCCCUGCCAGAGUUACAUGAAAAGGGUGGUCCUUCCUUACCCGUGUUAUGUAUAGAAGAUGGAAUGGUGAUUUUACGUUUCUCAGAAAUUUUUGGUGUUCACGAACCGGCCAAGAAGCCAGAUAAAAAGGUUCAUCCUAGAUAUACUGUUUCCAAAGAUUUGCUCAAGUUAAUGGAUACUACAGAUAUUGCUGAAGAGGAUGAGGAAGCUUUUCUCAGAGGCUCAUGCCAAAGAUCAACUCCCAGUCGACCAUGCAAUAUAUCUAUGGGAGAAUGUGGGAGAUUGAGAGAUGGAGGCGUAGAUAUUAAUUCAAGGUCCAGCUUAUCAUCAUCUGUGGAUGAUGUAGACCACGUAGACUCCUAUGUUGCUGCUCGUCCAAUGAAAGAAGCCGCCACGAGCAAUCUCUAUUUAUCAGAUGUGUCAACAUUUGACCCUAUUUUUGAUCCAAUAGAGCAGUAUGAUUGGGAAAAUGACAUAGUUUGGGGGAACUCUCCUUCGCCAUGUCAUGAACACAGGGAGAGUUGUACUAUAUCUGAGGUUGAAUCUGAAACCUUGACCACUGGAGAGAUUGACAUUGAAUCAAGGAAGAAAUCACUGGAGUUGGUAGGUGACGAUGAAGUUGGUCAUAGCCUUUUCCUAUGUAGCCAUCCCGUGUCUGUGGAGCCUUUUGGAUCUGGAAAAUCUGUUGAUGGGAUGCUGUGCCCAACUCAAGAAAGAAGUUAUCAUCCUCAAAUUCUUAGAUUAGAAUCACGUCUUCAUUUAGAUAAUUCAUCUUAUCCAGAGCCUGGAGAGACAAAUGGGAGUGAAGGAUUACAUAAAAAAAAUGUUUCAGAGCAUUUAACAAAACCAUCCCCAAAAAAUGUUGCACUACUAGAAGGAUCAUGGCUGGAUAAUAUCUUUUGGGAACCAAUGCAACCUGCGCCUAAGCCAAAGCUCAUUCUUGAUCUCCAAGAUGAUCAAAUGCUUUUUGAGGUUUUUGAUAAUAAGGAGGGUAGGCAACUCUGUGCCCAUGCAGGAGCAAUGAUCAUUGCACGACCAGUGAGGUCGGUUUCUGGAGAACACCCAGAUGCUCAUAAUCAGGGAAGUGUUUCUGCUGGGCAUUUUAAUAUUUCCAACGACAAAUACUACUCCAGCAGGAAAGCAUUGCAGCAGUCAAAGUCACAUGCUAAAAAGCGUGCUCUCCAUGGUAUCAAAGUUAUGCAUUCAGUGCCUGCACUGAAGCUGCAGACAAUGAAAACUAAGUUGAGCAACAAAGAUAUUGCUAAUUUUCAUAGGCCAAAGGCCCUAUGGUUUCCCCAUGAUAAUGAAGUUGCUGCCAAGGAGCAGGGGAAGCUCUCUGCUCAGGGACCUAUGAAGAUUAUAUUGAAGAGUAUGGGAGGGAAAGGGUGCAAGCUGCAUGUAGAUGCUACAGAUGCCGUAUCUUUCCUCAAAGCAAAAGCAUCAAAGAAACUAGAUUUUAAGUCUUCUGAAAGAGUGAAAAUAUUCUAUUCGGGAAAGGAGCUUGAGGAUGACAAAACUCUUGCCCAACAAAAUGUCCGACCAAAUUCUGUGCUACAUCUUGUGAGAACGAAAAUACAUUUGUGGCCAAGGGCUCAAAGAUUACCUGGUGAUAACAAACCUUUACGCCCUCCUGGAGCCUUCAAGAAAAAGUCAGAGCUUUCUGUGAAAGUUGGUCAUGUAUUUUUGAUGGAGUACUGUGAGGAAAGACCGUUGCUUCUCGGAAAUGUUGGGAUGGGUGCAAGACUUUGCACUUAUUAUCAGAAACUGAACUCUAAUGAUCAGACUGCUGCUUCAUUACGGAAUGGAAGUCAUGGUUUGGGAACCUUGCUUACGCUGGAGUCAGCAGAUAAGUCGCCCUUUCUAGGAGAUAUUAGACCUGGCUGCUGCCAAUCAUGUUUAGAAACAAACAUGUAUCGGGCUCCUAUAUUUCCACAUAAGGUGUCAACCACUGACUAUUUGUUGGUGCGCUCCUCAAAAGGCAAGCUCUCUUUAAGACGCAUCGAUAGGCUGUAUGUUGUAGGCCAGCAGGAACCUCAUAUGGAAGUAAUAUCCCCACAAUCAAAAAAUAUGCACACGUAUAUUGGGAACAGGUUGUUAGUAUAUAUCUAUCGUGAAUUUCGUGCUAGUGAGAAGCCUGGUUUCCUUCCAUGUGUUCGUGCUGAUGAAUUGUCUGCUCAGUUUCCUAAUAUGCCAGAGUCCUUUAUACGCAAGAGAUUGAAACAUUGUGCUGAUCUGCAGCGGGGAUCAAAUGGUGAGCUGGUAUGGGUUAUGAGGCGUAAUUUCCGGAUACCAUCAGAAGAGGAACUUAGGAGGAUGGUGUCACCAGAAGAUGUCUGCACCUAUGAAAGCAUGUUAGCUGGUCAGCACCGACUUAAGCGCUUGGGGAUCAGCAGGCUGACGAAUACUGUUGGCCUUGCAUUUGCUAUGAAUCAAAUUCCAGAUGAAGCUAUUACUCUUGCAGCCGCAUCACACAUUGAGAGAGAACUGCAGAUAACCUCAUGGAAUCUUAGCAGCAAUUUCAUUGCAUGCAUAGCACAGGAUAGGGACAAUAUUGAGCGUCUAGAAAUUACAGGUGUUGGGGAUCCUUCUGGUAGAGGCUUGGGUUUCAGUUAUGUCCGUGUUGCACCCAAAGCACCAGUUUCGAGUGCAGUGGUUAAAAAGAAGGCAGCUGCUGCUCGUGGUAGUUCAGCAGUUACAGGAACAGAUGCAGAUCUUAGAAGAUUGAGCAUGGAUGCUGCACGUGAGGUUCUUCUCAAGUUCAAUGUUUCUGAAGAGCAAAUUGACAAAAUGACUAGAUGGCAUCGUAUUGCUAUGGUAAGGAAGCUCUCAAGUGAACAAGCUGCAUCAGGGAUCAAGGUUGACGCAACAGCUCUCAACAAAUUUGCCAGAGGACAGCGCAUGUCUUUCCUCCAGCUACAGCAGCAAACAAGAGAAAAAUGCCAGGAAAUUUGGGAUCGGCAGGUGCAGAGUCUAUCCACCACUGACAUAGAAGAACUUGAAAGUGAUUCUGAAGCAAAUAGCGACCUUGAUUCUUUUGCUGGUGAUCUUGAAAAUUUGCUUGAUGCGGAGGAGUGCGAAGAUGGGGAAAUGGGGAAUGAUGGAACCAAAAGAGAUAAGCCAGAUGGUGUUAGAGCACUAGGAAUGCGGGGGCAUAAAUCCCAAGCUCAAGCAGAGGAAGAAAUUGAAGAUGAAGCAGCUGAAGCUGCAGAACUUUGCAGAAUGCUCAUGGAUGAUGAUGAGGUUGAAAGAAGAAUGAAGAUAAAGGCCCGUCCUACUGGGAAGGAAGAAAUAGACAUGACAAGCUCCCAGGGAAUUAUUAGUCCUGAAACUGUAGCUUCCUUGAAAUCCAACAAAAACUUCAAGAAUGUGAUUCGUUCAAUGCCAUCAGAAGGCUCAUUUACCUUGAAGGAGAGAUUGAUCAGUGAAUCAAAGGAGGUGGGAAAACAUGGUUUGAAAACCCAUCUUUCUGUUAAGCAGACUACACCUUCCAUAGAACUUAAGAAGUCUAAAAAGAUUGCAGAUGGCACCAAGGUAUUUAGCGGAAAGAAGCACAGUGAUAAACCAGUCAGAGAAAGCUUUGUUUGUGGUGCAUGCGGUCAGCUAGGACAUAUGCGCACCAACAAGAAUUGCCCCAAGUAUGGAGAAGAACCAGAAAAACAUGUUGAGAAUGUAGAACGUGAUGAUGCUUCAGGGAAACCUCCUCUUGAAACAUCAGCUCUUGUACCAAAAACUACUAGCAAGAAGUUGCUUUCAAAAUCCUUGAACAAAGUACUGCUAGAAACAGAAAAUGCCGAAAAACCAGGGGCCAAGUUGCUUCCCUUGAAGUUCAAAUGCAGUGGUGUUGAUAAACCUAACGAUAAGAAUGUAUCUGAGGCAAGAAUUCUUGAAAAUCAAAAACCUGCUACUUCAGAUGCUGUAGAUAAAGGUGUUGCCAAGAUCAGUAAGAUUAAACUCUCCAGUUCCAGCAAAAUGAAAUCAGAAGAUAUCCAAACUGAACCUUCUGGUACUGCUCUUUCUAUUCAGAAACCUGCAGAAAUGGAUAAAAGCCAACGUCCAAAGAAAAUUAUCAUUAAGCAACCUAAAAUAGUAGCAGAAAUGGAAAAGUUGCCGAGCAAGAUGGUCGUUGAAAUGAAGCAGCAAUCAUUGAAAAAGGAAAAAAAGUCUGAAAUGUUGAACUUAGACAAACUGCAGAAGAAAGAAAGUAAGAGACUGGCAGAAGUAGCAGUAAGUAGGAAGAUUGUUGAAGAAAGAUCAUGGGAAAGAGAGGAAAGACUGAGAAAGGAAGAAUUGGAAAGGGAGGAAGCAAGACAGAAGAAGAUGUUUGAAGAAACCAAAAGAAAGAUGCGUGAACAACAAGAAAGAAUAGCUGCUGAAUGCAAGAGGUACAGUGAAGCUAGGAGUAGGGAUGUUGUUACCCACAAGAAGGGCAAGUUGAAGAAGAAGAAGAAGAAGCUGCCGCAGCUAGGUGAUGUUCGUGUUGAUGACCAAACGUUAAACAGUAAAGAGAGAAGGAUACCAGAGAGGGAUCGAGCAGCCAAACGACGGCCUUUACCUGAGGUUGGACGCCAUGCAUUAGAUCAUAUCCAGCAGACAAAGCGUCGAAGGGGUGGAGAGGUGGGCUUAUCUAACAUUCUUGAGAACAUAGUGGAGAGGCUAAAGGAGCAGUAUGAUGUCUCCUAUCUCUUCUUGAAGCCUGUAUCAAAGAAAGAGGCCCCAGAUUAUCUUGACAUUAUCGCUCACCCAAUGGAUCUCGCUACCAUUAAGGAAAAGGUUAGGAGAAUGGAGUACAAGUCUAGCGACGAAUUCAGGCAUGACGUUUGGCAGAUUUCUUACAAUGCCCACAAGUAUAACGACGGCCGCAAUCCCGGAAUUCCUCCCCUUGCAGAUCAACUUUUGGAAAUCUGUGACGAUAUGUUGGAUGAGAAUAGGUAUGCCUUGGCAGAUGCUGAGGCUGGAAUUGAAUAUAGGGAUACUUAAUGUCCAAUGUAAAUUAACACAAAUAUUUUUUUUCUUUCAAAAGUAAUAAAAAAGCAGUUUCAACUUCUUUGUA